UCUUACUGACUUGUAACAUCACAAGAUCUGCAGCUUGACAUACGUGUUUAGCUUGCCUGUCUCCAGUUGUUCUAAGGAUCGGAAGAAAGAAGAGAGAAGAGAGAGAAAAGAACACGGAAACAAAAUGACCACUACGCACCUCCCAGUAUCAGAUUCCGACAGGUAUCAUUAUGUAGUUGUUGGUGGGGGUACCGCGGGUUGUGUUGUCGCGGCGAGACUAGCAGAGUAUCUACCGGACAAGAACAUCCUUCUCAUUGAGGCUGGUCCUAGUGAUUUUAUGGAUGAUCGCGUACUCGACCUUAAACAAUGGUUAAAGUUGUUGGGUGGUGAAUUCGACUAUGACUAUGGCACCACUGAGCAGCCUAUGGGCAACUCGUAUAUUAGACAUUCGCGAGCAAAGGUUUUGGGAGGCUGCUCUUCGCAUAAUACCUUAAUCUCCUUCAGACCGUUUCAAUAUGAUCUGGAUAUUUGGCAAUCGUUGGGAGCACGGGGCUGGACUUUUCCCAUAUUCAUGAGAGCGUUGGAUAGGUUAAAAAAUACUAUUCAACCAGUUCAUGCAAGGCAUCGCAACCAGUUGUGUAAAGAUUGGGUGGAUUCAUGCAGCUCUGCCCUGAACAUUCCGGUCAUUGAUGACUUCAAUAAGCAAAUUUCGCAAACCGGAUCCCUAAAACCAAGUGUAGGGUUCUUUUCAGUGAGCUAUAACCCGGACGACGGAAGGCGGUCGAGCGCUUCCGUUGCGUAUAUCCACCCGAUUCUAAGGGGCGAAGAGAAGCGGCCAAACUUGACCAUCUUGACACAUGCGUGGGUGUCUAAAAUCAACGUUAGCGGAGACGCUGUUAGCGGCGUGACCUUGACGUUGAAAGACGGCUCGACGCGCAUUAUCAAGGCGAAAACCGAGACGAUAUUAAGCGCAGGAGCCGUAGAUACUCCUCGACUUAUGCUGCUAUCAGGUCUCGGGCCCAAGAAGCAACUGUCGGAUCUUAAUAUCCCCGUAGUCCGAGAUAUCGCGGGCGUGGGCGAGAACUUGCAAGAUCACCCCGAGAGCAUUAUCAUGUGGGAACUGAAGAAGCCCGUGCCGCCGAACCAGACAACGAUGGACUCCGAUGCGGGGAUAUUUCUGCGCCGGGAGGCACCUGAUGCUGGGGCUAAGAAGUCAGCUGCAAACCCACAAGGCCUGCCCGACGGAGAUAUCGCAGAUGUUAUGAUGCAUUGCUACCAGAUCCCGUUUACACUCAACACCCUUCGAUUAGGGUAUCCUGACAUCCCAGAUGGCUAUGCCUUCUGCAUGACUCCGAACAUCCCGCGACCGCGCUCCCGAGGUCGACUAUAUCUCACGUCUGCGGACCCGAAAGUUAAGCCGGCUCUCGAUUUCCGAUAUUUCACAGAUCCGGAAGGCUACGAUGCGGCAACUUUGGUGUUCGGCAUGAGGGCAGCUCGCAAGGUAGCAGAGCAGGCACCGUUUAAGGACUGGAUUAAAAGAGAGGUUGCGCCUGGACCGAAAGUUCAGUCGGACGAGGAGCUUAGCCACUACGCGCGCAAAGCAGCGCAUACGGUUUACCACCCCUGCGGAACAACCAAGAUGGGGGAUGUGACGAAAGAUGAGAUGGCCGUUGUCGACGAGAAGCUAAAGGUUAAAGGGCUAAAGAAGCUGCGUAUUGUGGAUGCGGGUGUAUUCCCGACUAUCCCUACUAUCAAUCCUAUGUUGACGGUAUUGGGCGUUGCAGAGAGAGCUGCCGAGCUGAUCGCUGAGGAAGCCAAACCCGAGAAAGAGAGGGCCAGGCUAUGAUUGGAUUGGAAUAUUGAUCUUAUAUGUCGGCUGUAUUAAACUGCUGCUGAAGUUGAGCAACAGCUAUAUGUUACUCUA